CCCGGCUUCACCAUUGAGCGUCAGUGCCAUGACAACAGGACGAUGGCUGCAAGCAAGAGGGUGACAAAUGUGAUGUUUGCGUGACCGAGGAGAACCGAACCUUCGACUUUUACGAACUGGCUCGUUUUUGCAGAGAAGCAGCAUGUCUCUGUUCAAGGCCCGUGAUUGGUGGUCAGCAGCGCUUGGCGAAGGGGAGGAGUUUGACCAGGGAUGCCUCUGUGUUGGGGACGUGGACAACAGUAGCACUGGACAUGAUAAGGUAGUGGUGGGCAGCUACAUGGGGAUGCUGCGAAUCUUCUCCCCACAUGCCCAUAAGUCCAGCGAAGCGGGUGUAGCUGAUGCUCAGCUCCUAGAAGUCCAGCUUCAAAAUGCAAUCAUCCAGGUUGAAGUGGGGAAGUUUGUCUCGUGUUCAGAACUUCUUCACCUGGCUGUUCUUCAUCCCAGGAAACUCUCAGUCUACUCUGUUUCCGGAACUGCAGGGAACGUGGAGCAUGGUGACCAGUACCAGAUGAAGUUGGUUUAUGAGCAUAACCUCCAAAGAACGGCCUGCAAUAUGACGUAUGGCACCUUUGGAGGAGUCACAGGUCACCAUUCCCUGUGUAUCCAGUCUAUGGAUGGGAUGCUGAUGUUCUUUGAGCAGGACAGCUACUCCUUUGGCAGGUUCCUCCCUGGUUUUCUGCUGCCGGGGCCACUGGCUUUCAACCCCAGAACGGACAGCUUCCUCACCGUGUCCUCUGCACGCCAGCUCGAAAGCUACAAGUAUGAGACUCUGGCCGUGGCUACAGAGGCAGAGAGUCGACAGGAUCCCGACUUACCGCUCAAGACUGGAGGCAAGAGGCUGAUGCCUGACUGGACGUUUGUGCUGGGAGAACAGGCCCUGGACCUUUGUGUACCUUCAUUCUCCCACUCUACCUCGUCCAUCUUCAUACUGGGUGAGAGGAAUCUUUACUGUCUCCGUGACAACGGACAGAUUCGCUUCAUGAAGAAACUGGAGUUCAACCCCAGCUGCUUCCUGCCAUAUGCCUCAGUGACAGAUGGCACCACAAACCUGUUGCUAGGUAACCACACCAACAUGCUGCUGGUUUACCAGGAUGUGACUUUGAAGUGGGCAGCCCAGCUCUCCUUUGUGCCUGUGGCUGUUCGUGUUGCCAACUUCCCGGAGCUGAAGGGAGCCGUGGUCAGUCUGAGCACAGAUGGUCAUCUCCUCUGCUCAUACAUGGGCACAGAUCCUUCAUUCUUUUCAACUCCAAAGGUGGAUGCAAGGGAGGCAGACUAUGAGCAGGUGGAUGCUGAGAUGAAGAAACUGCAGAAGUUCAUCAGAGAGGCCACCAGGACUCAGGACAUCCUGCCCAAAACGGAUGCUGAGGAGGACCUGUCUGUUAAAACUACUGUGUCCUCCAGCAUAGACAGUCCAUCGCAAGCUCUGAUCCAAGAUAUCGACGGUCUGCCUGUCCCUUCAGUGACCAUACAGGUGACGGUGAAGGCCAGUUGUGUUGUCCAGUCCUCUAAGUUGACCAUCGGAGUCCAGCCUCCUCUCGCUGUCACUCAGGACCAGUUCGUCCUGGAGCCCAUGGGUGUUGGCUCAUCCACAGUUGUAGCGUUUUCGGCGUUCCUCAAUGGCCGAUACCCUCCUGCUGACCUUACCGGGGACAUCACUGUGUCCUACAGCUCACCGACAGAGCUUAAUCCCAAAGGCGUUCCCAGGGUUCUCCAGUCCAGGUUCAGUCUUCCUCUGGCGUUGGUGUGUGUACCUUCCUCUCCAGCCAAAACCACCAACUUCAAGAUCACCGUGGACACCAACCAGCCACCGGUUGACCUCAGCUCCAUCUUCCGAGAGUUUUCAGCAAAAUCCGAAGAUAAGGAUGGGAAUAGUUUGGCUUUCCAGUUUCUGUCAGGAGCCAAGGUUACUGUGUUGGCCUCCAAGACCUCCCAGCGUUACCGUAUUCAGAGUGACAGCUUUGAGGACAUGUGGUUGGUGGUGAAGGAGCUGGUUCACAGGUUCGACCAACACUUUUCUAAAAUGGGAAUCAAGGACUUCAAGAAAAGCUUCAGUGGACCGCUGCCACUGCAGGAGUACUUUCUGUCUGUGGACCAUCACUUCCAGCUGCGUGUCAGUGCCCAGCAAUAUCAGGACCUGCUGUCGGAGCGAGCAGUCCAGUUCAGAGCGAUCCAACGCCGCCUGCUGACGCGAUUCAAAGACAAAACCCCGGCACCCCUGCAGAACCUGGACACACUGCUGGACGCCACUUACAGCCAGGUGAUGGCGCUGGCCGAGGCUGCAGAGGAGAACCGGGCCCUGCUGGAGGAGGCGUUUGUCCGUCUGCGGAGCGCCACUCACCUGCUUGUGCUGCUGCUGUCGCUGUGGCAGGGCCUGACCCCCGAUCAGACUGCCAUCCUGGAGGCCACGCUGCUGCCGCUGCUGCAGGACACGCCACAACUGGGCUGGGAGGAGAGCUGCGACGCCGCCGUCUCACACCUCCUACGAAGUUGCUUGUCGCGGAGCCCCAAGGAUCAGGCCACAUCUCUGGCUCAAACGGGAGGCCCAGUACUGGGUCUUCCCCGCGACACUGCCCGUCUCAAGAAGCACAUCACCUUGCUUUGCGAUCGCAUCGGCAAGGGAGGCCGCCUCACCCUGGCCUCUGAGGCCAAUGUCCAGGUCCCUGCCCAGGUCCAGAAUCUUGCUGCUCCCGGGGGUGUUGAGCCCAUUGCAGAGGUGACUGGUGAUGGGGAGGACAUGGAACUUCAACAGGAGGCGACCAAAUACAUCAAGAAGAAACAGCCGUCUAAGAAAGUCAAGAAGGAAAAGAAAGAGCUGUCCAGGGAGCCCUCAGAGGCGACCGUAAAAGAAGAAGGAGGACGUGGUGAGGAGCCCGUCAAGGAGGUGAAAAAGGAGAAGAAAGAGUCAUCCAAGGAAAAAAAGGAGUCAAAAAAGGACUCAAGCAAAGAGGCCAAAGAGCCCAAAGAGGAGGCAAAGAAGGAGUCCAAGAAGGAAUCCUCUUCCUCUAAGGAAAAGAAGGAGAAAAAGGAGAAGGACAAAGAGAAGGAAGGGAAGGAGACCAGCAAGGAGUCAGGGGACAAGAAAGUGUCGAGAAAGUCCUCCGUAAAAGUGAAAGAGAAGAAGAAAGAGCCAGAAGCUGCAGAGGGCUAACAGGAGCAGUGCAAUAAGCUCACGCGAUAUGCAUGCAGACACAUAGAUAAACAAAACAAGAUACAUGUCGAAACAUCACAUACCGACGCACAUCCAGGGACUCAAACAUAUACAUUUUCUCAUAUUUAUAUACAGUGUACAUGUAAACAUAUACGAGGCUACGUAAUGCGACACGACGCAGGAGACAUUCACAUAUGCAGUCCAAAUAUGUAUUUAUAUGUAAAUACACUCAGUCAAGGUCACAUAAUCUCAGUAGAAAAGCAAUUUCCUCCCAGACGCGUAUUUACAUCGCCUGGUAAUAGCUGAUCCUCACACACGCAUAGACACACACUGCUUCUGCUGAACCACACCACAUCCAGUAGUGUUGGUGUGCGCUGAGCGACUGUGGUGAGGUUUGAGCCCGUGGAGAGCGAGGAUGAAGGCCAUCUCCUCCUCCUCCUCCUCCUCCUCCUCCUCCUCCUCCUCGGCCAUUCCGCUGACUCUCUCCUUCCUCCUUGUCUUCUUCGUCUUGCCUCAGCAGCAGUUGAACCCGCAGCCCUGCACCUCCCUGAAUCCCAGUCGGGCCUCAAACCACCCCCCGCCCACGCACACUUCUGGAUGUGACGUCAGACACGCCCUCUCGCCCCCUCGCGUGGCACCAGGCCUCGCCGGAGCCUCCCCCGCCUGUCCGCUAAGAAUAAAAUGGCACGGCGCGCUCAGCCACCCCGCUGCUUCCGGGUAACUCAAGGCCACAUCCUACAGCCGCCGCCACCACCGCCGUCGCUGCCGCCGCCACCACCCCCUCCGACCUCCUCCAGAGAGACUUUUUUUUUUUUAAAUCUGGGACACUCAAGGACAUGCGGUGGUUGAUGGCAUAGUUGCUGCUGCGGGGUCCAACCUGAGACUGCGGUAUGAUGGAAACCAGCAGGGUGUUUCUGGAAAAAUCACGGUGGCAAUCAGGAGUCUGCUGUUUAACACUGGAGCCUUCUCUGCUCAUCUUCAAGAACUUUAUAAAGUGGACGCUGGUUAGAGCGGCUCCAUGUGGCACGAUUUUCACAAGAUGCGCAUUAACCCUGCUAGAGAAAAAACACAGUCUUUCAGCAGCAAAUAAAGGAUUUACAACAAACUGCACACUGUACUAAAGGAUGUUAAAUCAUCAGGUUACUCAAAUUGAAGCAAUGAAGCAUGUUUUCUUACUUCAUCUGUUAGUAUCCGUAAAGUGGAUGUGAAUGUUGGAUGACUGGCUUCAGAAUGCUACAGACAUGUUCAGGUGUAGGAGACAUCGGAAAGGUGUGGGGAGACGGGUUUGUAUCUGACAAGCACUUGACUGGUUUCUUCACAAAUUUAACAGCAUCGAGUCUUUCCAGAAAUGGAGGAAGAGGUUCCAGUGUAAACUUAUGACAGCAGCUUGUGUGGCUCAUGUGGUUUAAAAGUUUAAAGAAAGACAAGUUGCUUCUGAGUUUUUCAAAUGCAAUUUUCUUCUUCUCCUGUAAGGUGGAGACAGAUAUCUCAAAAACCUGGGCUUUUAAACCAAAAUUGCCUGCAUAUUUGGCUAUAGAGAUGGGGAAGUGAGGAAAAAUAUCUAAAAAUAUACAUAUAUGGGAGUCCACCAAUUCUGUCAUACAAGUUUUGGAGGAUCUUUGUAGAAUUUUUUAAUUACAGAUUUAGAUUUACAGAAUUUACUGUUCCGUUUUACAAUGUGGAUGUGUGUAGUGGCUUCUUGUAAUGAUCAGAUUUACAGUACUGUAUGUGCAACAUCAAACUUUGAAAAGAAAGGGGAUGGAAUGUGCCCAUUUAAUGAACUAAACACACACACACGCACACGCACACACACACACACACACACACACACACACACGGAAAAAGCUAUUAUGGAGAUGAAAUAAUUCCUGUUUGCUUUAACUUAAGGCAAAUUCUAGUCAGGAAUACAUCCGUGAUUGACAUUUUUCUAACCCAAUCUUGAAAUAUUGGAUUGUAUGACAGGCUUUGGACACACACACACACACACACACACACACACACACACACACACACACACACACAGACGCAUAGUAAGUUUCAUAGCUUUGAGCUGUAUUUCUACCAGAAUUGAAGUUCCUCGACUUCAGCCAUAGAUGCUGUGCCAGCUUAACCGACAGCAAUCCCAGCUGCUCUACACAAUGAAUCCAGUUCAAGCACCAUGUCUGUAUGUCCAUCUUCAGCUCCUCUGUCCACUGGGAAGCUUAUUUUUAGCUUGUAUUGUGAAACGGAUGCCUGUGUGCAGUGCUGGUCUUAGCUCAGUGCUCAAUUUGAUCAAAAACCUGAUCUAGUUUAGCUGUAUUUCUUUCUGUUUUUUUAGUUUUUUUUUAAUAAUGUAAAUAUCUGGAGCAGAGAUGAAAACUGAUAAAUUUGAACCAGCAUCAGGUCAUCUUUGCCAAGAGGGAUAGUUAGAAGAACCUGUGAUGUUCUAGAGGUUCCCAUUGGACAUAAGGUACUAUGUGUUACUGUUUCAGGAUACCUUGAAUGUUUGUAAUAUAGAAUAGGUUUUGUAACCGUUGUAUUAGUGGUUCAGGUUUACCAGACUCCUGUUCUGAGUCUGCUUUUAUAGCCACUAUCCAUUCCAAAAGGAGACUUUCUGCACUUCAAAAUAACUGGCAACUUUGUCAUUAGUGUGCAGUCUGUAGAAGAGAAUGAAAUAUUUAUGAAAUAUUUAGUAAUAAAAGUAAUUACUGUAAGUAAUCAAAGCUGUUUGUUAGUGCUGUAUUGUUGUUUGUAAAAAAACAAAAAACAAAACGUAUUUUCCUUGAAUGCCA